CUCUCUCCUCCACACUCCUCCCUAAACCAACCACACUCGCGCCUCUUGAAGAUCCCAGCAAAACCCUAGACGCCACCGCCGGGCCUCUACAGGAGGUGAGAGAAGUCACUUACAACCACCUAUCUUCUCCUCUUCUCUCACCUCUCUUCUCUCCGAUCCACCAACUCAGGUUGAAAAGAGAUGGCGGCUCCGACGGUGCAGCAAGUAGCUCCUACAGCCGAUGUUGUUGGCAAUGCAUUUGUCCUUCAGUACUACCAUAUCUUGGAGCAAUCUCCAGAGCAUGUGUACCGAUUUUAUCAAGAUGAUAGUAAGUUUGGUCGCCCCGAGGAUAAUGGGAUGAUGAACACCGUGACCACCAUGGAUAUAAUCAACAGGAAAAUAGUUGAGAAUGGGAAGCUCAGUGCAAAUGUUGUAACUGUGGAUGCUCAAGAAUCUUUCAACCGGGGUGUGUUUGUCCUUGUGACUGGGUAUAUAAUUGGAAAGGAAAAUUUGAGGAAGAAAUUUACCCAAAGCUUUUUCUUGGCACCACAAGACAAAGGCGGCUUUUAUGUUCUGAAUGAUGUUUUCAGAUAUGUGGAUGAUUCUAUUAACCAAAAUACUGACCAUGGAUCAGUUGCCGAUGUCGAAGCUCCUCUUAAUUCAGAGGAAGAGCCUUCUUUGCCAGACGGUCGUGUUUCUGAGCCUGUGACUGCUGUUCCCGAAGAUAUCACUGAGGAAGAAGUUUACAAUCCUCCUGAGAAUAGAGAAAUUCCAAUUGAAGCAGAUGAAAUCCCAGUACCUGAAGUCGUCGAUGAAAUCCCAGAUGAUUCAGAGGUUGUGCCUGAAUCUGGAUACUCGGCAGCGGUCAUGGAAUCUGAGAAACCUGCGUCGGUGGCGGACAAUGCUAAAUACUCAGCAAAUGUGGUGGCUGAACAGUCUGCACCUGUGGUGGCCGGCUCUACUCCUAAAACUGAAGCAGUGCCUAAGAAGUCAUAUGCCUCAAUUGUUAAAGUUAUGAAGGAGAGUGCUCAACCAUUUUCCGCUCCUACUGUUAGAGCUACUCCAAAACCCCAAGAACAUCAGGUCAUUGCCGCUCCACAACCUGCUUCUGUUUCAGAAACAGUAGUUUCCAGUGUAACUGCCAAAGACUAUGGGAACCAACCAGAAGCUGAAGUUGAAGGGCACUCUAUCUACAUCAAAAACCUGCCUAUUGGUGUCACUCAGGAAACUAUAGAGAAUGAAUUCAAAAAAUUUGGACCCAUCAAGAAUGGUGGUGUACAAGUUAGAACUCAAAAGGGCUUUGGUUUUGGCUUUGUGGAGUUUGAGAAUGGAAGUGCUGUACAAAGUGCACUAGAGGCUUCACCCAUCGCGAUUGAUGGACGCCAAGUUGUUGUCGAGGAGAAGAGAUCUACAAGUCGAGGGGGGAGAGGAAGGUUUUCUUCUGGAAGGGGGGCAGGUUACAGGAAUGAGGGACCUAAUGGAUACAGAAAUGAUGGCCCUAAUGCUGGAUUCCGGAGUGAUGGACCAAGAGGACGUGGAGGCUAUGGAGGUGGUAGAGGUUAUGGCCGCAGCGAUUACAAAUCUGAAUUUGGAGGUAGGAAUACAGGUAGGGGAGGAUCAUCAGGCCGUGGAGGUGAUGGGUUUCAGAGAUCUGAGAAUGGUGGUCGUGUGAAUCGUGCUGGUGGGCCAACUGUUAAUGCAGCAGCCAAAACUUCAGCUCCCCGGGUGUCUGCUUCUGCUUGAAAAACAAGUUCAGCCCUGGGUUACAAAUGAUUUUUUUGGAAGUAAAUUAAUGGUGAAGCUGUUUAAUAGCAUAUUAAGAGGGCUAUUUCCAAUCUGUUGGGGGAUGUGAACCACCCUAGUAAAAACAAUAGGAUUUUAUGUCCUUUUUUUGUUUGCGGUUUUCAUAUUUGAGCUGUUUUUUUGGGUUUUUUUAGUGGCUUAGAUUUCUGCAAGUACAUGAUUCCUGCCGAAGUGCCUGUGGAACUCUAUUCUCUUAAUUUGCCGAAGUGGAGAAUUAUUUAGGUUAGUUGGCAGUUUGCUGUUCUAGGUUCUAUUGUAUUCUGUGUUGUAGGUCUGUUCAUUUAAGGUCACUAAUGUCUGCGGAUGAUUAUCUUGUCGGGGAAUUUAUAAAGCCUCAAGUACUGUUAAAGAGAAAUUAUGAGAAUUUGAUGGAAUGUGAAUUUGUUUUCUUUA